AUGUUUCUCGAGAAAAUCUACAUAUUUCUUUGGUUCUGGCAUGUGACCAUAGCAAUGAUCACAGUUCUCAGCCUGCUCAUUUGGUUGCAUCGGGUGUUUUUGAUUCGAUCCCGAAUGCAUUUCAUACUGAGCUAUUUGAGACCGCUCGAUCCGAAUCCGGCCAAGUUUCGUUUGGAUUGGGAGAAACACGAUCGCGAAUUCGUGGACUCCUAUCUCGGCUACGACGGUCUGUUCAUCAUCCGACUGAUCAGCGCCAAUUGCGGAGGGAUGUUGGCCGGUGAAUUGGUCUACUCGCUGUGGCAAGAUUUUCGAAACCCGCGGCCACCUACGGCAGAAAAAUGCGGGGGCACAGUGAAUCGGGAACACACUUGUGGUUGUUUCACCAUGCCGGUUCAUGAAAAUGCCCCAGACUGGUCAGUUCCACCGGUCCCAGGGGACUAUCAGCCCGUCGCACGUGAGAGUUCAUUUUGGCGAACAAUGGAUUCUAUGCCAAAUCAUCGAAGUCAAUUCACGCGUGGCCAUUUGUCUCCGUCGUUUUCACGACGGAAAUACAUCAUGGUCAAACGUGACACUACUCAAUCGUUCCAUACAGAUAGCCAACAUAAAUUUCUACCCAGUGGAUUAAAACAUGCUCCGCUGGGUGCUGAUCCUGAUCAAAGCACCCAUUCCACAGCUACAAAUAUGUCGACCGGACAGAACUUUCAAAAUGGUCAACUAAAUGAUGAUAUUGUAUGA